GGUAGUGAGAGCUGAUACCUUGAUGCGCAUUAACACACACACACACACACUGAUGUGAAAGCGACGUGUGUGAGAGAAAUAAGUGGUUUCUUUUCGGGGUGGACGUGCACGGAUGCGGCUCUGUGCUUUCCCGGAUCAGAUGGUGUCGACUCGCCGAUGUGGUCCGGAGGCUACCCGGGGUGCUGCGGCUCUGCUGGACGCCAGGAUGCUCCUCUGAGCUCCGGGGGAGAAAUACACACAUCUGUGCUUCCUCCAGCUCUCUUUACAUGGAUGCCGAGGGAAACUAGGCCGCCUCUUGCACGUUUUUAAUGCUUGUCUUCUGGGCUUUUUUUGCGACACAAAUUUCCAAACGACUCCAGUCUAAUGACCUGUUCAUAUUUAAUAUAUAUCUGUUUCUAAACGCGAGUUUAUCUCGAAUCAAAUUAGCCGACCUAGCAUGCUCUUCGUGCUAGUUCUAACUAGCAUGCACAGCCAUAUAGAGACAUCUUUUGCAUGAAAUAUUUGCUUUAACCUUUUUUUUUUUUUAAAGAAAUACAUCAUUCGACUGAUAAUAUUUGAAGUGAUUAAGUGAGCUAACUUGCUAACUGGCACCAUUUGGUGCUUUCUUUGACCUGUCAAAUGAGAUUCCCCAUAAACAGCUAGUUUACAAAUCAAUUUUUUUUUACAUAUUAAUAUUACAAAAUUUGACCUAAGUAGAUAUCUGGCUACAUUAUAGGUACCAACUAUCCCUGGAAAACCUGACAAUAAAGCUGGAUUAUAGAUUCUUCAGGCUUAAUGGAUGACAGGAAGAAGAAUUGACUGGGUUUCCAGUAGAAUGUAUGGUCCUGAUGGAGUUUCAAGCAGAUCCUAAGGAAGAAGGAAGAAGGGUUUGUCUGUAGGUUUGCAGCUUUGAAUGCAGCAAAUAAUUUUUCAGGCAAUUAUUCCUCUGUGCAGGCGAAUAGGAAAGGGAAAAAUCUGGACUUGAAUCAUUGGUUUGGACAAGCAAGCUAAAAAAAUGGCACAUGAGGCGUUUCCAUUGCAUUAUCUUGUCUGGAACAAUCGGUACCUGGAGCUGGAUAGAGAGCUGAAGAAAAGUCAGCAGGACAUGGAGUGUUUAGAUCCACGUGGACGGACUCCACUUGAAUUGGCGGUGUGCCUCGGCCACGUGGAGUCCAUGCGUGUGCUGCUGAGACACAAUGCCGAUCCUACACGCGGGAGUGCACGAGGAUGGACAGUGUUGCAGGAAGCAGUAAGCACAGGAGACCCUGAGCUCGUGCAGCUUGUUCUCCAGUACAGGGAUUUCAGACGAGCAACAGAGAGAUUAGCUGGUAUUCCUGAGCUUCUCAGCAAACUGCGAAAGGCUCGAGAUUUCUACGUGGAGAUGAAGUGGGAGUUUACGAGCUGGGUGCCUCUGGUGUCGAAAGUGUGUCCGAGCGACGUGUACCGCGUGUGGAAGAGCGGCUCGUGUCUGCGAGUGGACACCACUUUACUGGGUUUUGAGCACAUGACCUGGCUCAAGGGCCGCCGCAGCUACAUCUUCAAGGGUGGAGACGGAGGGGCAAUGGUGAUGGAGGUGGACCAUGAGAAGCAGGUGGUGUACACAGAGCCACUGUCUCUGUCUCCUCGCGACACACCGUCCCUCCUUGCCGCCAUGCUUCCGUCGCAGGAGAGCACAGCGCAGCGUCUCACCUCUCCCAUCGUCUCCACACACCUCAACACACGCAACAUCGCUUUUGAGAGGAACAAGUCCGGGAUAUGGGGUUGGCGCUCAGAGAAGAUGGAGAUGGUCAGCGGAUAUGAGGCAAAGGUGUACAGUGCCACUAACGUUGAGCUGGUGACCCGCUCUCGAACCGAACACCUCUCUGAUCAGGACAAGUCCAGGUGCAAAGGAUCCAGAACUCCUCUUCAGUCUUUCCUUGGAAUUGCAGAGCAGCACGUGUCAAAUAACGGGAGUCAGGUAUUGCAGUGUGCAAGUCCUAAUAACCCGACAGCCAUCACGGCCGAGGAGUACUUUGACCCAGAGUUUAAUCUGAACGGCAGAGACAUCGGCAGGCCCGUCGAGCUCACCAGCAAGGUGCAGAGGUUUAAGGCUACGUUGUGGUUAAGCGAAGCCCACCCUCUAUCACUGGCUGAGCAGGUGACGCCCAUUAUUGAUCUCAUGGCUAUUUCUAACGCUCACUUCGCUAAACUGCGGGAUUUCAUCACCCUGCGUCUGCCACCUGGCUUCCCCGUGAAGAUAGAGAUCCCUCUCUUCCAUGUCCUGAAUGCACGGGUGACCUUCAGUAACCUGUGUGGCUGUGAUGAGCCGGUCAGUUCGGUUACUCUGCACUCGCCUGAAGGAGCCCCUGAUGCAGGUCAGAACACUCCCCCCCUGAACUGCGAGGUGGACCCGUCGGUGUUCGAGCCUCCGGCUGAUUACACGAUGCUCGGUCCAGGUCGUAACGAGCCGCUGAGAGAUGAGGACGAUAACCUGCUGCAGUUUGCCAUUCAGCAGAGUUUGCUGGAUGCAGGGACAGAAAGCGAUCAGGUGACCAUAUGGGAGGCUCUCACUAACACACGUCCAGUGUCUUCUCAGCCUCCGCUUUACGAGGAGGACUCCCAGCUUGAGCGGGCGAUCCAUGAGUCCCUGUCUCUGUCGCUGUCUGGGGGAGAAAGCGGAGACGGUCCUGCUCCGACUUCACCAGGUUCCUCACCCGACCCUGCCCUCAACUCUCCACCUUCCUACAACUCACUGGUUGAUUCGCGGGUAACCGGGGCGUUUGCCGUAGCGAACAGCUUCGACGAGCAGCUGCGUCUGGCGAUGGAGCUUUCGUGCAGAGAGCAGGAAGAGCUAGACAGGAAAAGAAGAGAAGAAGAGGAGGAGCUUGAAAGGAUAUUACAGCUGUCACUCACAGAAAAGUGACCACACUAACAGUAUCGAAAGGCUUAAUUUAUUAUUUGCGCUUUUUUUCCCUGCAGUGUUAAAUUAUUAUUAAAGAUUCGUGCUUCUUUUUUUUAUUGGAAAUGACACAGGGCUCGAUCAAGAGAGAGAGAGAGAGAAAUGGAGGAAACCAGGAUAUAAAAACAAAAGCAAAAGAAUGAAUAACAUCAAUCCAUGAGCAUAUGAGCAUUGCAAGACAACAUCCAUGAUAUCCUCUCAAUCUCUGCCGUCAUUCCGAGUGAAAGUUUUCCAACUUUUCUGUUUAUUCUAUGUGAAUAUAAAAUAACUAUGGCGAAGCAUAAGGUGAUAAAAAAAUAUAUUGCAUAAAAUGAGUUAAACAUGUUGGCUAAAAAAGACGUAUGAAGAAUUAUUAAAUGUAAAACACUUUCACAACCUCAAAA